UCAGAAUACUACCCGUUUAUACAGCUCAUCGACAUUCCAACGUUGCAUUAAUUAAAAAUGAAAACUGAUUGAAAUAUUAGGACACCGUAAACGCGCAAAUAGAAACCAUGGAAUGCUUAAGAUUGUUGGAUAGCUUAGAUAUGGUGGGCUACGCUGGCAUUUGUAUAGGAACAGAAAAUUCACAGAUAUUGCAAAAUUCCCUCCUAGUAUUGCAACAAGAAAAUCACUUUAAAAAGUGUUAUUAUUGGGGGAAAAUCUACGGAGUUCGAAACGAUUACCAUAUCGCGUAUGGUUUCGAGAAAGACUGCAUGAAUGGCCAAAUUUAUUAUUAUAGAUCGUACAAAUCGCUAAAUAAGUGUAUUUGUUUUACGAUCAGCAUGGAUGGUUUGAAUUGGUUGUUAUUACCGAAGACGAAUAAAUGUGCACGAUUCUUAACGCCCCUUGCAAUUAAUAAAUUCGAAGGUGAUCCAUCGAUAGUUACCAACGUUUACAAUAUAAAUCGCCCGUUCCCGUCAAACGAGGACACUAAAAAAUAUUACGAUGGUCCUAUACCAAAGGAAUUGAAAGAGGAAGACAGACUAGCAGCAGUGGUAGAGUUAAUCAGAGAAGACGCUGCAGUAAUUCCACGAGGAGCUUGGUUUAAAUGUCCUAACGGUGACGUAAUUGAAAAUUUAGGUUUCGAAGGGCUUCCUGACGUUGAUGCUUCUUACUUAAAGUCCUAUUUACAUGCGCGUCCGCCUCAGCAAAAGUGGAAUACUAAUUUGCUAACCAGGCCUGACUAUAAUUAUUCGUUAGACUUUUUGGAUACAAUUGAUCUAGAUGUGCCACAAGGUAUGCCAUGCAUAAAUACAAAUAUUAAAUGAUUGCAUAAGUUUGUGCCUGAUUUAAAAAUGAAGGUCAAUGUGUUAAAUUUCAAAGAAUACGGUUUUAUUAAUCAAUUAUGUAGUCACUAUUCUUUUCUACAAUUAGUUUCCAACAAUCUACGAACUUGUAGAUUCCAGCUGUGACAAAAGAUCUUGGUUUUUCAUAAAAAAAGUCUGUGAGGUACA